AAGUUGGAGAGGAGACGGGAAGGAAUGAGUGUCAGUGAGAGAUAGAAGUUUGUGUGAGAGGAGUAGAGGAGAAGGAGCCGUAAACAGUCCCAAGGCUGCAGGGAAGGACAAGGAUUUUCCCAACUCGGUGACUUUUUUUCCACAUUUUUUUGUGUGAGUGCACUUGGAGCCACACUCCGGCUCUUGGUGGGAGGUACUGACAGGAGCAAUGCAAAGCCAGAGAAAGCAGAAACAGGGGUAGGGGUGCACAAACGGAGACAGAGAGACGGAGAGGGGAAGUGGGAGCACACUGAAGAAAAGGAGCCAUGCAAGUGGAUUCUGUCUUCUGCCGGGUCAGGUUUCACAAAAUGAGAAACCACUCUGAGAGCACUUCAUCAGGGCUCACCCAGCUCAGACAGGCAUUCAGAGGAGCAGGAAUGGGAUGGCGGGAGAGCUUUUGUGGGAAUUCUCAAGUGUCAUUUUAAAGAUGCCAGCUGCUAGCACCAUGACCGGUGGGACAGCCCUGCUGCUCUGUGCAAACACUGACAACUGCAUCUACCAACCGGUCCAGGGGAUCCAGUGCUGCGGCCUAAACGUUGGGAAAGCUCCGUCAUCUGUGGUGCCCCAGCCUCCGGAGGUGUGUGGGUUACGGGGGGAAAAAGACGGGAGCCGGACUGCUGUUGCCAUCAAGCAUCCAAUUGCCCCUCUGCUCAGCCUGAGGGAGAGCCCUGGUCCCCCUGGCACCAUGCUGGCUCACAGAAGAGCCACAACUACCACGGAUCCACGGACUCCCAACAUAGAAAACGGACUCUGCUGCAACAAGAGCUCAGCAGGAUCCAAGAGUGCCAGCAUUCGCGAUAAGAUAUCGCAGUGGGAGGGCAAAAAGGAGCCCAAUCUGAGUCCAACUGGGAUGUGCCCACUAGCUUCAAUGCAGAAGGAUGUUGACGCUUUGAGGAAAAGGGAACCUAAAAGUUCAGAGGUCCAAAGAACUGAAAACAAGAGGUUUGUCUCCUGGGACAGGCAAGACUCAGGAAAAGAGAAUGUUGGAAAACUGGGAGAUUUUAGACCCAAAUCUCCAGAGAGUCCAACAAUCAAAAAGAAAGAAGUAAUGAUUGAGAAGGGACGUCACUCUUCCAAGCCCACUGAACAAGAAAAGACAACAGUUUUGACUCAUGUGAAGAAACUGGAAAAGGCAACAAAGGAAGUUCCCGUCAAAUCCUCGCUGGCAUUUCCAGGGAAUUACUUCUGUCCUCCUUUAAAGGAGGAGCUGGAGGACACAGAAAAGAGAAUCAAUGAACCCAUUUUUGGGACUUUCGACACGGUUCAGCAAGGUGGGUCACGGAGGAGAAGAGAAGGCAAUGCAGAGAACGUAUACAGUGAGCCCGGAGCUCCAUCUAUAAACCCUUUACCUAAACCUCAAAGGACCUUUCAGCAUCACGCACCACCAACCACAACAUCAGGAUUUUACCACGCGAAGGGGAAAAGGAACUUGCCCCCUUUACCCGCCAUUCCCCCUCCGCCUUUACCCACCUGUCCUCCCCCAGGAGUCUGCAAGAGACCUUGGGUUGACAAAUCCCGGAACAGUAAUAACAGAAAGUCCUAUGAGUUCGAGGAUUUGCUCCAGUCCUCUUCAGACAGCGUCCAGGUGGACUGGUACGCUCAGUCCAGACUGGGCCUAGCAUGCACUUUAUCAGAAGAGAAUGUCUAUGAGGACAUUCAAGAUCCACCAUCCAAAGAAAACCCUUAUGAAGACAUAGAGCUGGAGCGUAGCUGCUUGGGGAGCAAAUGCAUUUCACCUGUCUUCUCCUCUUCUGUCCCAGAUACUCCCACUAAGCUCUCCAGCAAGUCGGGGUUUUUCCGACAAAACUCAGAGCGACGGAGCUUCAAAGUCUGUGAGCUUCGCAAAACCAACAGAGACACUGGCAUCUCCUCCCCCUCCCGCAUCAGCCCCCCGUCUACACCCAGCAGCCCCGACGACACUCCCUGUCUCUCCGGAGAUCCUCACAACCGCAGACGGAGGAAGAUCCCCAAGAUGGUGCUGAGAAUCAAUGGCAUCUUUGAGGCACGCAGAGGCAAGAAGCACAUGAAGAAGGUUUCUCAGUCUGCAGAGUCCAGCUCAGGGAGAGAUGAAAACAGCGAGUCAGAAAGUGACACAGAAGAAAAGCUUAAAGCUCACAGUCAGCGGCUCGUCUUGGUCCAGUCCAUGCAGGCAGGCCGGCACCGGACAUUAGAGAGGAAUUUCUUGGAGUUACAGGAGAGAAAACUCUUUGAGUAUUUCAUCGUUGUUGCACUCCACAAGACGAAGGCUGGAGUCCCGUAUCUGCCAGAAGUCACUCAGCAGUUUCCUUUAAAGCUUGAAAGGAGUUUUAAGUUCAUGCGAGAGACUGAGGACCAGCUGAAGGUUAUUCCACAGUUCUGCUUCCCUGAUGCCAAAGACUGGGCGCCUGUCGACAACUUCCCCAGUGAAACAUUUUCUUUCGUCUUGACUGGUGAAGAUGGAAGCAGGCGGUUUGGAUACUGUCGUCGUUUGCUGCCCAGCGGUAAGGGCCGAAGGCUCCCAGAGGUCUACUGUAUCGUCAGUCGACUCGGAUGCUUCGACCUCUUCUCAAAGAUCCUGGAUGAAGUGGAAAAAAGGAGGGCCAUCUCUCCGGCUUUGGUGCAGCCUUUCAUGAGGGGCAUUAUGGAGGCUCCCUUUCCUGCUCCGGGGAGAACCAUAUCAGUCAAAAACUUCCUACCUGGCUGCGGCACAGAGGUGAUAGAACUGUGUCGACCCUCGGAUUCGCGCCUGGAACAUGUGGAUUUUGAAUGUCUCUUCUCUUCACUGAAUCUCCGCCUCCUCCUCCGAAUAUUUGCCUCCCUGCUGCUGGAGCGCAGGGUCAUCUUCACUGCUGACAAACUCAGCACUUUGUCUCAGUGCUGUCAUGCAAUUGUGGCUUUGCUCUACCCCUUCACCUGGCAGCACACAUACAUCCCCGUGCUGCCGGCCUCCAUGUUGGACAUCGUCUGCACGCCAACCCCCUUCAUCGUCGGCCUCCUCUCCAGUUCUCUCCCUCGGCUCAAAGAGAUGCCCGUUGAAGAAGUCCUGGUCGUUGACCUUGGCAGCAGUCGCUUCCUACGUCAGCUGGAUGAUGAGGACUCCAUUCUUCCUCACAAGCUGCAGGCGGCUCUGGAGCAGGUCCUGGAGAAGAGGAGGGAGCUGGCUAGCGAGAAGGGAGAUCUGCUCAAUGACUCCCUCAGCACUGUGGUGUCAGAGGCCUUUGUGCGGUUCUUCGUGGAGAUGGUGGGUCACUAUUCCCUCUUUAUGAGCGGACCUGAGCGUGAGGACGAGUCCGUCUCCUCUGCCACCACACCCAGCCCCACUUCUUCCUCCCCCUCAUCCUUUCAGCGGGAGGCCUUUCGUAAAGCGGUCACUUCCAAGAGCUUACGGCGCUUUCUGGAGGUUUUCAUGGAGACUCAGAUGUUUACCGGCUUCAUGCAGGAGAGGGAGCUGCGCAGACAGGGCCUCAAAGGGCUUUUUGAGAUUCGAGCACAGGAAUACUUGGAUUCACUUCCUGGCAGCGAGCAAAGAGGAGUGAACAAGUUUCUUAAAGGCCUGGGAAACAAGAUGAAGUUCCUUUCCAAGAAAUGAGACUUGGAUCAUCAUCCCAGGCAGGAUGAAAGCGUGGAGGAUGAUGGGAUGUGAACAUUUAACAUAAAUAUCUGGGGAGCCCAACCAACCAUUUCAUUAGAUUUGUUAUACCAACACGUGAAGAUGUUAUUGCAGACACCUCAGUCUCUACAGUGUAUCACUGUACAUCCCAGUGAAAAGGCUUUUCUGUCUCUAAUAAACCAGAUAAUCCAGUGUCUUGCUAAACUUUCUAUCAAUUCCACCUUUUUCAUGAUGAUGCUUUCAUAGUGAACCUUCCUCCACAGGAGGCUUGUGAGUUAAUGUAUAUUACUGUCUAGACAAAGUUAAUCUCCUCCUUUUAAUGAAAGGAGUGUCUUGUUUUAUUCUAGUUGGAAGAAAAAAACUUUAUUUAACAGAGUUUUAGAACAGGUUAUUUGUAGUCCAUGUGGGGUUAUAAAGUAUAUGUAACACUGUUUGAAAUAUUUUAUGUUAUUUUUUAUUUUCAACCUGAAUACAUGUCUCUUCCUCGGGUUUCAGGGGAGGUUAUGUGACCAAAAUGAAAGAAGGCGUGUAGCUUAAAAUAUUGUUUAUCUACAGACAUGAGUAAGGGUGCCUUAAAAUGGAUUUAAAGGCAGUAAAACGUUUUAAAUAAAGUGAUUUGAACAUAAAAA